UUGGAUGCGAACCCUAGUUGUGGAAUUAAUGUGUCCUUAGAUCAAAUUUCAGAAUCAUAUAAUUAAAACCACACAUAAAAAUAAGUCUCACACGAUCUCUUCUCUCUUUCUCAUUGACUCUCUCUCUCUCUCUCUCUCUCCAUUUCUCACACUCUCUCCCUCUCUCUCUUGUUGCCAAUGGCGGAUCCAAUCUCCAAGCCUCUCAUUUCGUUUCUCCUCAUAGCUUCCUUGUUGCUGUGCUCGCACGCUUCCUCUGACGUCCCCUUCAUCGUCGCUCACAAGAAGGCAUCUCUCAACAGGCUUAAGUCUGGCGCUGAAAGGGUCUCUGUCACCAUCGAUAUCUACAACCAAGGAACCUCGACUGCAUAUGAUGUGAGCUUGACAGAUGAUAAUUGGCCAAGUGAUCUUUUCAGCUUAAUCAGUGGUAGCACUUCAAAGACAUGGGAAAAGCUUGAUGCCGGGGGCGUCCUUUCCCACACAUUUGAGUUGGAGGCAAAAUCAAAGGGAGUAUUUUCUGGUGAACCAGCUGUUAUAAAGUUCCGUGUCCCCACAAACGCCGCUUUACAGGAGGCAUUAUCAACUCCCAUAUUGCCUUUAGAUAUUCUUGCUGAUAAGCUUCCUGAGAAGAAGUUUGAAUGGGCUAAGAGGUUGCUGGCUAAGUAUGGAUCUCUAGUCUCGGUGAUCAGCAUAAUCGUUCUGUUUGUGUACCUGGUAGCUUCACCCUCAAAAUCUGGUGCAAAAGGAAGCAAGAAGAAGCGUUAAUCAUCGACGAAUCAUUACCUUUACAAUCAGACAUUGGAAGACUAGAGCAUGACUUUCUGUCAGCGGUCAGUUUUCACCUAGUUUAGCACACAUGUUUUUGAACUUUUUGAAUGAAUGGUUAAAUGAGUUAGUGAGAGAACAAUUUAAUUUCUCGCCGGCAUAGCCUGAACAGUUGUUUUCAGUUCUCACAUGGAUGGUAUGGAUCAUAGCUAGCAAAAGUAUAUUAAUUGAAUACGUGAGCUCAUAGCUAUUGUGUACUGAUUACUGUUUAUUAUGUUUUGACGAUCCUCAAAUCAUGAUGUCUGCGAAUGAAAAUUGACCA